AUGACCGACGCCCCCGCCGUCGACGUGGAGAAGGCCGGAGCGCCGGCUGGAGGGGCCCCCGAAGGCUCCGGCGGAGGAGGCGCGGUGGGCGCGAUCGUCGGGCGCUGGCGGCGGCAGGACCUCCUGGACAAAUCCGGGUCGGCGCUGCGGGCGGCGGCGUGGGCGUUCUCCCUGCUCGCCUUCCUCGUCAUGGUCGCCAACGAGCACGGCGACUGGAAGCAGUUCGACCACUACGAGGAGUACAGGUACAUCGUCGCGGUGGGGCUGCUGGCGUUCAUCUACACCACGCUCCAGCUGGUGCGACACGGCGUCCGGCUCAGCGGCGGCCAGGACCUGCAGAGCAAGGUCGGCCUGCUGGUCGACUUCGCCGGGGAUCAGGUAACGGCGUACCUUCUGAUGUCCGCAUUGUCCGCUGCGAUCCCGAUCACAAACCGCAUGCGGGAGGGCUCAGACAACGUGUUCACCGACUCGUCCGCUGCCUCGAUUAGCAUGGCCUUCUUCGCCUUUCUUUGCCUCGCAUUCUCAGCUCUCAUCUCAGGUUUCAAGUUGUCCAAGCAGACCUACAUAUGA